CCAAUUUUGUGCUCUGUUGUGUUCGGUGUUAAUAAAUCUGCUCCGCAAUGUUGUUUGAAGUGGUGUGUAUUGCUAGUUUCUUUUGAUGCCAGAAUUCUCCAUUACAGACUUAAUGGAAAUAGAUUUUUGCUCUGCUGUGUCAGCAGCUGGUUGAUUUUAUGAGUUUAUGACAUUGUAGAGAUAAAUUUUGGGGGAAAUAGCGUGUUAUUUAAUAAUUUAAAGUUUGGUUUGAAAUGUUAAAAAAUGUGAUUAACAGAAAUUGUCUUUCUGUACAAGCUGAAAGGAUUUCAGUGAAACCCAUGUUUAAUAUGAAUAUUAGAAAGAAUGAAUAUGAUCUGUUCUGAAUCAUGUUUUCUCCUCCCUGUGGAAAUUAUUGAUCCGAUGAGUGUGACUCAGCUUAAGCUCACACAUCACCCGCCAGGCUUUCCAGCCAUGCUCACAAUUGUUGCUUAUUAUAGCCUAUGGCGAUGUCAGGGGGGAUUUCAAAUCAAUAUCAAAAUGUAUUGGUUGCUCAGGCAGCUCUUCUUUAAAUUUGAAUUUCUAUUUAAAAGCAGAUGGUCCUAAGUAAACAACUGGCUGAUAUCUGGUUGUCAUUAAGCAGAGUAACCGUGUGAUUAAAUGUAGAUGAUUUAAAUGAUCCUUAAAUUUUCCCUGAGGGUAAAUUGCUUUCUUCGUUGGAUUAUCUGGAAUAAAAUGUGCAGUAUUUUUCAGCUAUCUUGCCCAAUUUAACAACAGUUCAGCUAAUUUUUAUUUUUAUACUCUGUGAUAGAGCUUAAAUGUGUAAAGGUCACCUGUUGGGUUCAUCUACAAAAACAAAUCACAUCUCAAAAGGCAAGAUUUGUGCAUGACAUUUGACUAUCUUCUUGAUUUUUUCUUCUGUUUUUUAGAUUUUGAGUUGAAAUCUUCCUAUGUUUAAGUGUCCAUUUCUUGAAGAUCACCCUGACCUUUUCUUGAUUACCUUAUUAGCUUUAUGCCUUUCUUAUGUGUUACUCUACGCACUAUUCUGUGCUAUCCUUCAUAUUCUGGCAGAGUUUCAUAAUCGAGGUACUUAUUAUUUUUAUUUUUGUUUUGAUUUUUUGGUAAAAAUGUCAAUCUCUUGCGAUUUGUGUGAUUUAUAAUAUUAUAUAAAUUUUAAAAGAUGUUUACCAAUGUUGAUAUUUUAUAUAUAUUGAUAUAGUAAAAAAACACUUGUCGAUAGUUCAAGAUAAAUGCAACACAUUUACAAUACAAGAAUGUAUUAAGAUAUUUCCCUCUAGCAUAGAACCAUGGGUUUAAAAUAACUAUCACUACUUUUUUUCAUUUAGACAAUAGUGUGGGAGCGUAGGUGUUCUGGCCACAGUGGCAUAUAUAGAUUGGGAUAUGAGUGACCUUUUAAGUCAGUUGACAUUUAAAUGGUAUCUGCCUUUUAUAAAAACUAUAAGGUAGCUGUUGUAUAUGGGAAAAUGCAGCUUUUGUAUAUGGGGCCAAUGCUACCCUCAUUGUAGCGGAAAAUCCAAGUGGUUUUAAGCAUCAUCUUUGAUAUUAUUUAUAGCUUGAUAUGACGUUUAAGACUUUUCUGUUUUUGAUUUAUUUCCUAGUCAUUAUGUUGAUAUGCUAUGUCUAAUUCUGCACAAAUAAUGUUACAGGGGUUCUCCUGCUUAUCACAGUCUUAGAUUGUCCACUAGGUUUACUUUAAUGGGUUAUUUUUUGUGUGCAUUUAAAACACUUUGUGCUUCAUGCACUGAUUUUAUAUGUACCUAGCAGUGAACCAUGAACCAUUUAGAUAUUGUUCUUGGGUGUUUUCAAAACGCUCAUUAAAGGUGAACUUCAGCCCAGUACUGGGGUGCCUUCAAAGUUCAAUUCAAUGCUCUACCCUAUAUGGGUCUGAAGAGGUUUAUGUCCUGUGCUAGGUGCAUAGGUCAAAGGUCUAGGAGUUUAGUUCUUCUCCUGUUUAUAAUAAUAAAUAUUUCUGCAUACCCCCUAUAACCCAAAUAAAAGCAUUAUAAUUUUGAUUUUGGAAAAUAUAAAAAAUGUUAAGACCUAUUAAAUACAAAACACAUUUUCAAAGCAUAAUAAAAGAACAUUUGUAUCAUCCGCAGCCUAUAAAUUGGUACUCUGUUUUCAACCCAUUAGCUAAUUGGUGCAGUCCUCCUGGCUCUAACUUUUUUACCUGGAUCUUUACUGGGUCAAUAAUUUUCUGCAUAGUAAUAGGUCAUCAAACUUGACUCUUCAGACAAUCUGACAAUAUAAUUUCUGAAGUGCACAAAAGUAUUUUUAAAAUAUCUAAUUUAAAUGUUCAGUACAGAAAUUGGCAAUGGUGACCAUGAAACCUCUGUUGAAUAAAAGUAUUUGGAAUAAGCAAGCCAUAAUCUAUAGAUAAUGCUGUUGGUCUCUACUUGUCUAUGCUUUCUCUUUUCAGUCUCCGUGAAUAAGAAUAAAUAGCACCAUGACUGCACCGGCCGACACUGCGGCUCGGGAGAUUAAAGUCCUUGAGACAGCCGAGGACAUUCAAGCCAGGAGAGAUGAAGUCUUGGGUCGCUAUGCGGCUUUUAAAGCUGCCUGUCGUGAUCGCAAAAACAAUCUUGAGGACUCGAGAAGAUAUCAGUAUUUCAAGAGAGAUGCAGAUGAGCUGGAGUCUUGGAUCAAUGAGAAACUACAAACUGCUUCAGAUGAAAGCUACAGAGACCCAACCAAUUUGCAGGUAAUAUCAAUAAUUAUCACUGAGAAACUUAGCAUGUUAAACUUCGAUCUCUGCUGUAUUGAUAUUUUGAAUUGUUAAUCAUUCCAGUAAUGAAACUGAGUUCUGUAUUCUUACAUGUUCCAGGCCAAGAUUCAGAAACACCAGGCUUUUGAAGCUGAAGUUUCAGCCCAUGCAAACGCCAUCCAGGUUUUGGAUGAAAUCGGUAAUGAAAUGAUCAUUCAGGGACAUUUCGCUUCAGAGAUAAUCAGGGUAGGUUGUUUUUUUUCUAGUUAAAGUUUACAGUUGCUGUUGGAAUAUGUUGUAGUGUUAUUCUCAAAAACUAAUCAUAGGGUUGUGCCAUUAAAAAAUAAAAUUGUUAAAGUUGACAUUUGCUUGAAAUGAAAUUUCCUGCAAUUUACCAGUUGUUGUGAAUGCUAAGAGGUCAAGUAAGCUAGCAUUCUGCAUUAGUUUUAUGGCUCCGAGUAUGCUGUUGACAUUUGUUCCUUGGAAUCGAGGUAGUUUAAAUUUAGAAUACAGACAGUACUUGACUUGUAUCAUAAUUUAAUUAUUAUAACACUAUAAUAUUGUAGGGCUGUACAACAUAACUUCUGUUAAUCAUUGUUCAAAGGGUGUUGCAACUUUUAUAAAUUGAGACCAAAUUUAUAAAUCAUCAUUCUGUAAUGCCACUAUUGGGGCCUAGCCGUCAGGGCCACCAUCCAUUUACCCAUGUCUGUCCUUGCUCUCAAUCUUUUCCUAAGCCAUCCCCAUGGCUCCAGACUCUCUUGCUUGGGUCCCUUCUCGGCUUUUGUAAUAAAUUUUCAAAUGAAUAAAGUUGUUAAUUCACACACCAUUUGUUAAUCCAAACCAUUGCAUUCUAGGAACGCUUGGAUGAGCUCCACCGCCUUUGGGCACUUCUCCUUGCCAGACUUGCAGACAAGGGCACCAAACUACAGCAGGCCCUCAAGUUGGUUCAGUUCAUGAGAGAAUGUCGUGAGGUUAUGUUCUGGAUCAAUGACAAGGUACAAGAUAGUUGCCGUCACCAUGUCAUAAGAUUUGUUUUCAUCAUCUAAAAUUGUGGUUUGGAUAAGAAAGUGUGCGUAAUUUCAUUCACUUACACUGAGAAAUAGCUAAAAGAUUGUUUACAAAUUCAAGAUUUAACAAAUCUUUUUUUUUUUCUUUUUUUUUUUUUUAAAUUAUCUUUCAGGAUGCCUUUGUCACAUCUGAUGAGUUUGGUUCUGAUCUGGAAAAUGUUGAAGUCCUGCAGAAAAAGUUUGAUGAAUUCCAGAAGGUAUAAAUAUUACUUGAAAUUUUUUUCAAAUUUAAGAUUUAACUAAUUUUUUUUUUUUUUUUUUUUUUUUUUUUAAAUUAUCUGUCAGGAUGCCUUUGUCACAUCUGAUGAGUUUGGAUCUGAUCUGGAACAUGUUGAAGUCCUGCAGAAAAAGUUUGAUGAAUUCCAGAAGGUAUAAAUAUUACUUGAAGUGCUUGUGUACAAGCUACUAGUUUAAUAUCUGUAUCCAGAGUCAUUAAUAUUUAAUGAACAUGAUGAUGCCUAUUUUCAUCCAGUGUAUAUAAAGUUUUCUUAAGUGUCUAAGAAUUUUGGACAUAAGUUAGAUAAAUGUAAAAGUUUUUGAUGGGGACUAUAUAAGACCACUUAUUAUUAUUAUUAAUACCUGAAGAUUGAAAUAAUUUUAAUGUGAUUAAUAAUGGCUUCAAUGUGAGGAAUAAUGUUACCACUGAUACAUGAAUUAAACCAUGAUUAAUAAAUUUGAACUAUUUUGCAUUUUAGGACCUUCAAAACCAUGAGGACAAGGUUGCUGAAGUUAACAGUCUGGCUGAGCAACUUGUGGUUGAUGGCCACCCUGAGGAGGAAACUAUCAGACAGAAGCAACAGGUAUGUCCUUCUCAUGUGUGAGCGGCUUUGAUGCUCAGUUUUUUAAUUGAAUCACAUGCUUUUUGUAUAAAUAGUUAUCUGUAUAAAAAUAAAAUAAUUAAAAAUUGUCUCCAAACAAGUCAGAAUAUGUUCAAUAAAAUAAGUGAAACUUCUUAUAUAUAUAUCAAGUUGAAGACUCAAUCAUAUGUUAUGUUUGCAGGAAGUAAAUGAGGCUUGGCAAAGACUGAGGCAGUUGUCGUUGCUGAGGCAAGAACGACUAUUUGGAGCUCAUGAGAUUCAAAGAUUCAACAGGUAGGUGUGCAUCAGUUUUAAAGUCACACUUUAAGACAAUUUUAAUGCAUUAAAAGAACAUUGUAAUACCCUUAUUUAUUUCAAAUUUUUAAAUGACUGUAUAGUGUAUACACACAUAAAUACAGCUAUUGUAAAUUAUAUUUGAAAAUUUUAACCUUCAACCACAACAAAAAUCAAAAUCAAAAUUUACUCUUUUUUUUUUUUUAACAUGCUCUAAAAUAAAAUUUAUUGUGAUUUAUGUAGUAUUCAUGUGACCUGCUCAUUUUAAGUGUACCACCGGUUCAGUUGCCUUAUAAAUAUUUAAAUUAGAGUUUAUUUUAAAGAAAACAUCUUUUUAUUCAGUUGUUGGUAUUUUUUUCCACAGAGAUGCUGAUGAAACUAUUUCUUGGAUCCAGGAGAAAGAUGCUGUGUUGUCUACAGAUGACUAUGGUCGUGAUCUGGCCAGUGUCCAAACUUUACAGAGAAAACAUGAAGGUGUUGAGAGGGACCUUGCUGCUCUUGAAGAAAAGGUAUUUUUACAAGAAACUUAGUGGUAUCAAUGAAAUAUAUACAACUCUAGUCAACCCUGGUAGUUUAGGAAUCUGCAACACUUCCAUAUUUUUACAGCCUUUAGAAUGUUAGCAAUAACUGAAACGUUAAUGGUGUAAAUAUUCUAUUGCUUAGGUUGUGGCCUUAACCACAGAGGCUGACCGCCUGAAGGAAAUUCACACUGAUCAAUCUGACCAGAUCAAAUCCAAGCAGAGGGAAAUUGGAGAAAAUUGGAAAAAACUGAAAACAAAGGUGAGCCCAUUUUUCUGACACUGGCAAAAUUAAGUGUGUAAAUAAAUUGUAAUACAAGGCAAAGCCAGACAUGAUGCUUGUCUUAUUUAAUUUUUUUUUUUUCCCUAACAUGCACUUCAUCAUAGCAGAAAGCCCAUUUUAACUUGUAUACAUUUUGUUCCCUAUUAGGCCACAGAACGUAAGACGAGGCUGGAUGAUGCCUACUACCUGCAGAGGUUUUUGGCUGAUUUCCGUGACCUGGUAUCUUGGAUCUCCGACAUGAAGGCCAUUAUCUCAGCAGAUGAGCUGGCCAAAGAUGUAGCUGGGGCUGAAGCUUUGCUUGACAGACAUAAUGAGCAUAAGGUGUGCUGGAAUAGUUUUGUUCAGUUAAAUACUGUUCUAUAGCAAUUAAUCAAUAAUGUAGUUCUAGGAUUUCCAGUGUAUUCUGUAAGAUUAUUUGCUUUAUAAUUACUAAUUAAAAUAUUUAAUAUAAUAAUUGCUGGUUUUUUUUGGUACUAAUUUUCUAAUUCUGCUCCAACUUUUUGUUUUAUUUCAGGGUGAAAUUGAUGCCCGUGAAGACAGUUUCCAGUCCACAAGCAAAGCUGGAACAAGACUUGUGGAGUCCAAUCAUUUUGCCUCAGAGGAAGUUCGUGAGAAGGUAAGUUAUAAAAAAAAACCUUACCUGCAAAUAAUUCAACAACCUGAAUACUUUUUCAACUUUUUAAACACAAUAUAAAGAACAAGCUUUUGAAGGAAAUGUGUGUUGUAAGAUACUGAAUGUAAUGUGUUUCUGUUAUUUGAAAAUAGAUAUAAGCAAUCUUUAGAAAGGGUUAUAGAAAACGUUAUUGAUCUGUUGAUUAGCUGAGCAUCCUGAGUCAUGAGAAGCACUCGCUGCUAGAGCUCUGGGAAGAGAGAAGAGUCUUGUAUGAGCAGUGCAUGGAUCUGCAACUCUUCUUGAGGGACACUGAGCAGGCGGACACGUGGAUGACGAAGCAGGAAGCUUUCUUGGUCAACGACGACCUUGGAGACUCUCUAGAUAGUGUUGAGGCUCUGCUCAAGAAGCAUGGAGACUUUGAGAAAUCUUUAGCAGCACAAGAAGAGAAAAUCAAAGUAAGGAACAUAGACAUGAAUUUCUGUAACGGCUUUUCAUUUUCUCAUUGCUAAAAAAAUAAUUUUUUUAAUCCUUAAUUUAAAAAAAGUAACAAAUUAAUUCAACUUCUUCUUCUGAUUUUCUAUAAUGUAAACUUACAUUUUAAAGAAAUUUAUUACAGGUAAAAUGGAAAGUUAUUUAUAAUUUUUUUAAGAGAGAAAAGUACCAACAAGCUUUAAUGAAAGUAUUUCCAAGAAGUUUCUUAAAUUAAUUGUACUUGGAUCGGCUGUUCAAUAUUGUCUUCGUUUUCAUUGAUUUUUCCAUGGCUUAUUUUUAUCAGGCUCUUGACGAGUUUGCGACCAAACUCAUUGACAGUGAACACUACGCUUCAGAAGAUGUGGCUGCCCGGCGAGACCAGGUAGGCAUCUUAAAAACAAAAAUAUAUAAAAUUAGAAUCAUCUACCAUCCAAUUACACAUAUCAACUCUGAAACCAGUGUUAUUGAUUUAAAAUCUUCUUCAAAUUUGCUUGCUUCAGAGUCCUGAAGGAUAGAUUAUCAAUGGUCUGCAUGCAUAACUUUAUAAAAAAAACAAGCAAAAUAACUCUUUAAGCAGACAUUAUUGCAACUAGGCAGAAAUUCUUCACAAAUUGUGUUCCGAAGGAAAUAACUAGGUAUAAAAUAAUGUGUACCAUACUGGGACAUCGCAGAGAAAAAGAAAUGGUAUUUGUUUGAUUGAGUAGAUUGCAAUGAAGACUGCCGGUAUUGUUAAAGUUAACAGUACUAAGUAAUUUCUUGAAAGAUGCGUACCGAAUGUAAUAAGAAUAUUUUAUUCAAUUAUUUUUGUUUAAAACAGCUUCUGGCCAGACGUAAUGCUUUGUAUGAGAAAUCCAGCUGGCGUCGACAUAUGCUUGAACAGUCCUAUGAAUUCCAAAUCUUUGAGAGGGACUGUGAUGAAACCAAAGGGUGGAUUAAUGAAAAACUCAAGACAGCCUCAGAUGAGAACUACUUGGUAAGUUUUUCCUCAAGUCCAGUUACACAUAAAAGCCAUCUGAGCUGUUCAUUCUGUGUGCCUUUGAAUCUAAGGUAAUUCUUCCACAAAAUUUUUAAAUAGUUUAUACCUCUUCCCUGCUAGGAUCCCACUAACCUUCAGACAAAGCUGCAGAAGCAUCAGAACUUUGAGGCUGAGAUUGAUGCCAAUAAAAACCGUAUUGAAAGUAUCAGGACCAUAGGACAGCAGCUGAUUGAAAAUGACCACUAUGCCAAGGGACCCAUCAAGUGAGUUUUAUCAUUCCUGGCUUUCGGAAGCUCUCAUGAAGUAGAUUGGACGAAAUGAUAAUGAAACAAAUAAAUAAUACAUUUAAUGGUAGUUGAUAUAAUGGAAAUAUGCUCAUCCCUGACAACAAAUUUUGAUAAUUCCAUUUACUGUUGUUACAAAAUGUGUUUCUUCAGGGAGCGCGUUGAUGAGAUAGAACGUCUCUGGACAACACUCCAGUCUCAGACAGAAAAGAAAGGUGCGUUUCAUUUGUGUUCAUUAAGAGUGUUUUAUAGAAUGAGUUGGGGACGUUCGGCCAAAAUGAAGUGAUCCAUACAAUUUUUUACACAUUUAAAUAUUCUAAGAAAUAUGAACACUGAAAAAUGAUAAGGGAGAAACACCUGAUUCUGACACUGGUCACAUGAAAAUCUAAUGCAAUAAGACAGUGCGACGGAAGAAGUGAACCUAAAUUUGUAUAAUCUUUUUCUUUUUUUUCCUUCUGUUACAGUUAACUUGUUCUUCUGUUAAAUAAUCUUGUUGUUCAUCUGUUAAAGGCAAUAAACUGAAUGAGGCAGCUCACCAGCAACAGUUUAACCGUAAUGUUGAAGAUGUUGAAUCCUGGCUAGCUGACAUUGAAAGCUCUCUCAUCUCUGAGGAUUAUGGAAAGGUAUUUCUAGUUUUGAAAAUUGUGAUUCAAAUUCAUGGCCUUAGAGCUGGAAACGAAAUCAUGCCACUGUUUACUUUUUCAAACCAUAAUUUUUUUUUAAUAGUAAAUAAGGAAAUCGGCUCAUGGUGGAAGUAAAAGUAUUUUGUUUUUUAAAGUAUGUAUGUAUUUACAGAAGAUCACAUUUAUGGCAGAGGCCGUUUUAUUAUUGUAGCUCAACUCUGCUCUAAUGCUCUCCAUAUUUACAAUAAUUAUGAGCUGGAUAAUAAACUUCCAAAUUCCAUUAGGGUAAGAUGACUAAAAAAAAAUAAAUCUUACUUUUUAUCCAAAUUACUUUCCAUUUGUAUUGUUCCUAAAUGGGCCUUAAGUAAAAUUAAAGGCGAGUUCAGUUAGUGGCCAAAUAAAUGUCUUUUUAACCCAUUUACCAGAACUUUAAAUAUAUAUUAACUUCCAUCAAUGUGAUUUUUAUUUAAUUUUCUCUUUUUUUUUCUCUUACCUUCUAUCUUUAUUUUUUUUCCUUCUCUACCCAUCCCUCCUACCUGUAAUGUGCUAGCUUCUCCAGCGAAGUGUAAGUUUUUUUUAAUCCCAAGCUUCAAACCACAUUAGUCCAGCUGUCAUGGGCAAGAGUGUCUCAUAGCUCAGACAUUGAUCACUUAAAUUUGAAAAAAACACAAACCCUAUUUAUAUAUACAUGGACUGUUGAAAAGAAGAUAUCCUAAAACAUUUAAAUUAUUAUUUUAUUAUUGAGUAAUGAAAAAUUUGAAAAAUAAUCCUUUUAAAAAGAAAGCUAAAAACUGUAAUGCUCUGAGAAAAGCCCACCUAAUUUGACCUACUUUCAUCUCCUGCAUCUAUCAGACAUCUGUAAGAACCAUAUUUGGCAGUAACUGCCUGUAUUGAUUUAAUCUUUCUAUUGUUGCACCUUACAUUUUUAUUCUUUCUUUAUAUUUUUUAAAAUAUGAACCCAUAAUUUUUUUUAACGUUUUUGUACUAAAGAUACAGAUGUCUGAAUUUUGUCAUAGUGUUUAGAACAUCAAGAGAGUUAGAUUUAUUAUUUAAACAAAGAUUAUAUGAGGAAAUAGGAUUAGUGUUAGGAAUAUAUUUAAAUAAAGAUUAUAUGAGGAAAUAGGAUUGGUGUUAGGAAUAUUUUUAAACAAAUUUGUUUUGGAUUUCUGCAAGUUAGUAUUGUGAGAGUAGACCUACUAUGCUAAUACCAGUAGCCUCAACUUUUAUAUGUUAAAAAAAAAAAACAUUUUGCAUUGAACUAUGUUUUGGACCAAGAUGGUCCUGUAAAUCAUCUUUCAGCGCAUGCUAUUUUUUGGUUAGCAUCCAAAGUGAGCCUGUUUUUCCCUUCUGGUAAAAAAAAUAAAAUGGGGGGGGGGGAGGAGGGGGGGUUCUAGAGUUAGAAACUUGUCUUAUAUAUUACACACAGUGGAACAUGAUCAAAUUUGUUUGUGGGGAUAUUGUGGUCUAAUUGAUUAAGUAAACUCAGAUAUGCCAUACUUGGCUUGUAAACUGGUUGUGUUACAAGAUACCAGUAUUGAAACUGGAUUAUUGUAAGUCUGCGAUUGAUCCAAGUGGGAUUCUUCUCAGCUGCUUAGAUGUCACAUCCUCACUUUCCAUGGUUGCGACAUAUAAGAUUAGUCAUUAUUUAAGAUGUGUUCCAUUUAUUAGGAUUCUGUAGUGUGCAUGUAUACCCUCCACUUGUAAUUGUCCUUACAUCAGAAAGUAAACAGCACUUUUAAUUUCUUUCAUCUCACAAUGUGCAGCAAUCACAUAGGUGUGACACAUUGUACAUUUUUCAUUUAAAUUCAACUUACUUUCCUGUUGAGCACUAUUGGCCCAACUGUUAAUGGCAUGUUAAAAUAUUUUAUACAAAGCAAUCUGUUCUGUCCUAUGUUGUACUACAACAAUAUCCUAUUCCUGUCUGUUCAAACUAGAAUUUUAAUCAUUUGUGAUCCCCCCACCCUCUUUUCUGAUCUUUGUUUCUUUAUUGGACAUAAGCAGUUGGCUUUAAUUCUUUUUUUUCUCCAUCUCACCCAGGGGCACAUGGGGGCUUACAGUUAAAGUAAGGCUAUGAAUCAUUCAGUUGUAAAACCACAUUGUGGGUCUCAUGCCAUAUGGCUUAUUAACAGAGCAGAAGAACUUGUAUUUUUCUAUAUAAGGAACUAAUUCAUUUAUCAGUCAGAUUUUUCAGCAGGAUUUAGUAAUACUUGAAACAAACAUUGUAACACAGGGUAAAAUCUGAAAUUUUGUCUUUUAAUCCAGUAUUGGAAAAUAUUUAUGUAGGCUUAUAAAAAGUUACCAUUAAUGCACACUCCAAUAAAAGUAAAUCUUCAACAUCCGUUUCUGGAACAUCACUAAAUAAAUGCACAACUAAUUCUAUGUUAACUUGCGCUCAUACCAUGAGAAAAUGUGCUUUUACCAGCUACCAUUAAAAGUAGCCAAAAGGUGACUUCUGUUUGCUCCCUAAUGUUGAAUAAAAUAUCAACAGCUAAAUGUACAAGCUUAACAUCCUACCAAAUCAUUUAAAUUUAAUUGGAAAUUAAUAUAACACUGUAAACUGUGAUGUAUUAGGGUGACUAUUUUUGUAAAGCUUAAGACCAUCCAGCAACCUAUUGAUGGCAUGGUGCAAACAAGUUUUUAUUUUUGGUGGGUUUGUUGUUACCUUAUACUUCCAUUUGUUAGCACUUGUAGAGAAUGAGUUGCCAGAGGAUUUUAUUUUGUGUCCAGCUGUUUUUGCUUGAGUCGGCAUGAACUAGUCGUCAUAGCUCAGACUAUUUACAAUAAUCAGAAAUACCCUGUAAGAGGUAAUAAAAAGCCAACUGAACUGGAACUUAAUGAUUUAAAGCUUAAAUUAUUCCAGCUCUCAAAAGAAGUACAGCUCUAAAUAAAAUCACUAUUUGUUCAGUCACAUGUUUAAUUAGUACCUGAGUUCUUACUAUACCAGAUAGAACACCGACAGUUGCUGAGUAAACCAAGUAACAUGUUCACAUAUCUUCAAUGACCAUCUAAUAAACAUAUUUUAUCUGUUUUCUUUUUAGGAUUUGACCAAUGUACAGAAUCUUCAGAAGCGCCAUGCUCUCUUAGAAGCUGAUGUUGUGUCUCAUCAAGUAAACAUUAUUGUUGUUUUAUGAAAAUAUUAUUGAUAUGGCUGUAGCAUAAAAUUUCCUUAUUUCAACUAUUUAUUCAUGAAUUAAUGUACAGAAUGAUGAUGUAACAAUACUUUAUUUAUUAGACUAGGAAUAAAUAUGGUAUUUUAAAUGUUUGAACUUUGUUUCUUUCUGCACACUUAAGAUCUCACUUCAGUCUAUUGAAUAUUAAAGAGUAGUAUUUUAUACUGUGUUGGAAUUUUUAUUUCACUCAUUCUCAAUGAUUAGAUAUAAAUAUGGAUAAUUUAUAUCAAUGCAGGACCGUUUGGACCAACUCCAGUCCCAAGCAACACUCUUCCAGAAUGGAGACCACUUUGACAAAGAGAACAUCAGAGCUAAACAAGUUGAGGUUGUGGAGCGUUACCAAAAGCUGGCUGUAAGUCGUUGAUUUGAAACAUGGCAGAGGGCCGCAACAAAGUGGGAUCUGAAAAAGAAGAUGUGAAACUAUUUUUACUCGUUAGUAAACAAUUAAAUAUUCUGUCAGUUCAGGAAAUCAUUCUCUUAACAGUUAAUUUUUUUUUAAAUGUACAGGCUCCCAUUCAACAACGCAAGCAAAAGUUGACUGAGGCUCUGACACUCCAGCAGUUCCUCCGGGAUGUUGAAGAUGAGGAAGACUGGAUUAGGGAGAAAGAACCCAUUGCUUCAUCAACCAACAGAGGUAUCAUCAAAGAUUAUUAUUGUUAGAUCAUUAAAAUAAUUUAUAUAUGUAUUUUUUUUUAGCAUACAUAGAUACAAAAUAAUAAUUCCAUGUGAUUUUUACAUGCAGUGUUUGCAUGAUAUUUGUGUGUGUUUUGCAGGGUAUUUGUUCAGGCAUGACAUAAUUUCUAAAUAUGUUUUACUAAUUGUAAGGGCGAGACUUAAUUGGAGUACAGAACCUGAUGAAGAAACACCAGGCCCUGCAAGCUGAAGUGGCUGGACAUGAGCCUCGCAUCAACAAUGUUUGUCAGACUGGACUGGACAUGGUCAAAGGGGGGCAUUUUGCAGCUGAUGCCAUCAAAAAUAAAAUUGGUGAUUUGAAAGAAAAGUGGCAAGCUUUGAAGGUAGGAACAAAAUUCAAUUUAGCGAUGAUUCAGAGAAUAAAACAAUGAAAUGGAGGGCAUAAAACUAAAUCUUUAUAAAUUUAACAUGGUGAUCAUUCACUUUGAACAAUUCUUUGCACCAUGUUAAUAACUGCAUAUCACAUUGGAUGUCUUAAUAUCUCAUAUAUUUCCAAAAUUUGCAGGAGAAAGCUCAGCAGCGUAAACAAGAUUUAGAGGAUUCUCUCCAAGCUCAGCAAUACUUUGCUGAUGCUAACGAGGCUGAGUCUUGGAUGAGAGAGAAAGAACCCAUCGCUGCAAAUACUGACUACGGCAAAGAUGAAGAUUCUGCAGAGGUCUGUUUUUUUUAAUAUAAUUCAGUUACAAUUCAUUUUUUGAAGCGUUUGUUGUUUAUCAUUUUAGCAGUAAAGAUGAUGGAUAAAAAUAAAAAUUCUGGGGCCAAUUUUUAUGUAUGAUUGAAUAUUUAAAUGUUUUUUUGAAAUUAUUGCUGCUACAUACCACCAGGCCUUAUUGAAGAAGCAUGAAGCCUUUAUGGCUGAUCUUGAAGCCUACCGCAGUGUUAUUGAGGGACUCAGAGAGCAAGCUCAAGCCUGCAAGGUUUGUUUUAGUUAAGUUUUUUAAGUUUAAUUUUAUUACCAUCUAUUUAAAUUACAUGUUUUUUUUUAACGCUCCAAAGACUGGAUAGAAAAGUAAUUUUUAAAUAAUUAACUUUAUAACAUGACACCCUCAUUUAUUUCACUAAUUUUGGUCUCGCUUAUUAUGUUUAAUAAUUCCUUUAAAAACAUUUGUUAGUUACUGUUAUCACUCUGUCUAUCACAGCAACAAGAAGCCCCUGUGAUUGAUGACAUUGGCACAGAGAAAGUUGUGGCCCUCUAUGAUUACACUGAGAAAUCACCCCGUGAAGUCUCGAUGAAGAAAGGUGAUGUCCUCACUCUGCUCAACUCGGCCAACAAGGUAAACUAAUAAUUGGUAUUUGCUUUUAACUAUUGUUUGUGUCAGUUAGUUUGAUAGUAAAUUUUCCAAGUUAUGUCUUAUAAUACCAGGUUAAGUAAACAAUACUCAUUUUCAGUAUAUCUGAUAUUAUAACAAGUUUUUUCAGUUGGUUUGGAAGAUAAAUUUAAAUUCUUUUAUCCAAAUGAUAGGACUGGUGGAAAGUUGAAGUCAAUGACCGCCAAGGCUUUGUGCCAGCAGCCUAUGUGAAGAAGUUAGACCCGAGCCUGUCUGCAUCACGUAACAAUCUAAUGGAUGAGUUCACCAUCUCCGUCAGACAAAACCAGAUUGAAACACAGUAAGUUUGAUUUUAAUUUGUGAUAUUUGGAAUAAGAGCCCUUGCUUUUUAAAAAAAAUAAUAUCAGAGAAACUUUGAACAGAUCUAAAAUGAAUCAAACAUGGAUAUUUAAAACUGAGAGUUCAAUACUAAAGUGACAGCUUCAAGUCAUUUAGAUUUCUCUCACUGCAUUUUUAUUUCUUUAUUUUUUUUUAAUGGGUGAAAUUAGAAUAUGAGUUGUCAUUUUGAUUAACUGGUGAGACUAGCAGCCUGGGCCUGAUAUCAAAUGAGUUGUUAUGAGACUAGCAGCCAGAGCCUGAUAUCAAAUGAGUUCUUGUGAGAAUAGCAGUCAGAGCCUGAUAUCAAAUGAGUUUUUGUGAGAAUAGCAGUCAGAGCCUGAUAUCAAAUGAGUUGUUGUGAGAAUAGCAGUCAGAGCCUGAUAUCAAAUGAGUUGUUGUGAGAAUAGCAGUCAGAGCCUGAUGCAAAAUGCUGGAGUCCAAAGGCAAUAUACAAAUGUGCUAUUUUAUUUCUUUUAUCUAAACUACACUUUAAAUAUUUAUAAAAAAUAAAAAAAUUUUUGUAACUGGGUUCUUUCAAUUACAUGUUUGAUUAUUUUUGUAACUCUUUUCAUUUCAGAUACGCCAAUUUGCUUGACUUGGCCAACCAGAGAAGAGAGAAUGUUCAGGAAUCUAACCGAGCCUACCAGUUGGUAAGAGAAGCUGCCGAACUGGCCGCCUGGAUCACAGAGAAGGAGAACACAAUGGCAGGGGAGGAAGUUGGAGAUGACCUCGAACAAGUGGAGGAGAUGCAGAAGAAGUUUGAUGACUUCCAGAAGGUGAGAUAGUGCACUGAUAACGAACAAGCUUUUAAUCUUAAGUGUCAAUUAUGUCUGUUCAUCUCAAAGGGUAUUUAGUGAUUCUUGUAUAUUUAUGAAAUAUUUUUUUAAGAUUUUAGGUGCUAUUUUCUACUUUUGGUUCUGAGGAGAAUCAAGAAAUUUUGUUACAACAUUACAGUUGGGUGGUAGUGUAGUAAUGAAGACGACUAAGAAUAUCACAUUAAGUUCGAAGAAAGCAAAAAAGCUAAAUUGAAUUAUUUUAUUUUAUUUAUAGGAUCUGAAAGCAAACGAGGCACGUCUGCAGGAGUUGAACAACAUUGCUGACAGACUGACAGCCAUGGGACACACGGAGGCAGCUGAGAAGAUCAGAGAACAAAUCAUUGUAAGUUCAUAUUAUUGUUCAUAAAUUUAAGGGUCAUGUCUUCUGUGUGUCUUAUGAAUUUGAGAUGAGUGAUUUUAUCCUCCUUCUAAAGCAUAAAAUUUUAUUCAGAUUAUUUUAGUUCACUCUUUUUUGAAGUAAAAGACAUAAAGAUGAGCCUUGCUGCAGAAGCUGUAAGUUUGUUUUUUUAAAUUAUAAAACUUUUUUUUUUUUUUUAAAAGCAACUUAACCAAAGAUGGGUAACACUACAACAGCAAGUGACUGCUGAAAGAGCACAAACACUCAGCAGCUCUUUUGAAGUGCAGAGAUAUCAUAGGUAUGUCAAAUGUUAAAUUAUUUUUUUAAAAUGUUAAGUGAUAAUGUUUUAAAUUUCUAAUAAGCACCAAAUAAGUUGUUCUUUUUUAUUUGUGAAUGGAGUAUUUUUAAAGAGUUAUUUGGACAUUAUUUUCUACGUGCAAACUUUUAUCUUGUGAAUUCUAACCAAUACAAUACUCAUUGUCUAUUUAUUUUAUUUUUACUGUCACUUUAAAGAAGUAAAUUGAAAUUGUGUGUUUUUUAUGAACUUUUAGAGAGGUGGAUGAAGCCAAAGACUGGAUCAAAGAGAAAGAUACGGCUCUUAACAAUGACAACUAUGGCCAUGACCUUGCUAGUGUGCAAGCCUUGCAGCGAAAACAUGAAGGCUUGGAAAGAGAUCUUGCUGCACUUGGAGAGAAGGUGCUUACUUUCAGAAGUUCUUUGUUUUUAAUGAAAAUUCAAUACAGUCAUGUCUCUUUCUGUUUAUAGUUUGAUCACAAACACAAGGGAUGGGUACUGCACCAUUAGGAGAUUCACUUUAACAAUUUCUUAAGUCCACAUUUUAAGCUAACAAAUUUAAAGAAUUUAAUAACUAAUAUUAAUACAACCCAUGCAUAUUUCCGAUUAUAAAAAUUGAGAAACAUGGUGUAGCUUUUUAUUUAUAUUAUGUUCUCCAUGACAUAUUGCUCAACUUGGCAUAAAAAAGUUAAAAAAUGGUUAUGCUUUCAUUGGGUACCAAGAAAUAUUUAUGUUAGCCGAUUUAUUUAUUUUUAAUUUGCAAUUGGGUUGUGUACUACUGUAAUACUAUAAUAACCAGAAGUAAGCAAUCACCAAUACACAAUAAAGCUUUUUGAAUUUUAGAUUCUAAAAAUAUGGAAUCAGGUGGAUAUGUCCACCAACUCAUGUAGUUAGUUCUACCACUAUAUGUCCACCAACCCAUGCUAUUUAGUUCUACUGCUAUGUUGUUUCAGGUGCGUGAACUGGAUGACAUGGCCCAGAGACUCAUGCAGACUCACCCUGACCAAGCUGAGAGCAUUUAUGAGCAUCAGACUGAGAUCAAUGAGAUGUGGAAUGCACUCACCAUCAAGGUACAACCUUAACUUUGUAACUUGCGCAAACUUUCUAAAAUAUAAUUAAGACCACUAGACUUUGUUAUUGACAAAUACCUUUCUAAUUUUAUUAUUUUAAAAUGUGAGAUUACUGGUGUGCAUUAUCUCCUUGAAAAUCUCAAAUUCAUGUUGAUAAUCACAUUUUAGUAAAUGUAUUAAUUACUUUUUUUUACGAUGUAAUUGCAAUUUCAUAUUUGCAUACUUAUCAUUAAAAAUUUAGGCUGAUGCCCGAAAGGUCAAACUGUUGGAUGCCUAUGACCUGCAGAGAUUCCUGAGUGAUUACAGGUCAGUAAAAUUUACACACGACUCUUGCUUAAUGCAAUAUUAUUGACCCUGCGUCUUCAUGCAGCUUUUGAAUAUCGGUAAUAAUGUUGAUAGAAAGUUAUUUUGAGCUGGAGCUAACAAUACAAAAUUAUCUUUGUGAUCCAUUUCAUUAUAAGCAUACAUUAUAGUAAUAUAUAUUUUAUUUUAAAUAUCAUUUUACAAGAUAACAGUAUUCUUGAUUUCCUCCUUUAGAGAUCUGACAAGCUGGAUCAACAGCAUGACAGCCCUCGUAUCUUCAGAUGAACUCGCCAAGGAUGUGACGGGAGCGGAAGCUCUUCUUGAGAGGCAUCAAGUAGGUUUAUCAACCCUUUGCAUUCUCAAAAUUUAAUAUUUGAACAAAAAUGUCAGUUAAAUGUAGGUAAUUCAGCUUCAGGAUUAUUCUGGUCAGUUUUAGGAAAUCUUGAAUCAUCUCAAUAGUUGUCCAUUGUUGUCCUAUGAAUGUUCUGGCUUUUAGUGUUGUUAAUGUUAAGCCAAACACCAAACCUACUUGCUCCUGGUGGCAUUCAUCUAACAAACAAAACAUUUGGAACAGUGUAGAUUACAAAUUGUGCAGCAAUAUUUUCAUCUGAGAUGAUGUGUUGAGUGUUGUACAGCUGUGUUCUAAUGUGUCUCCUCCCCCCCCUCCCCCCCCCCCAUCUGUGUAUCCAUAUCCAUAUACUAUCAACAGCUCUCAAUCUGCCCCACUUAUGAAUAUAUCCAUGUCUUUAAUGUGUUCCUAUCAAAAUAUCCAGAUGUUCAGUUCAGAAAUUGUCAGCCACUAUGGUAUUACAGCUCUGCCAGGGGAAGAAGAAGAUGAAUAUUUAGAAGAGGUAGACAAAUGCCUGCAGAUUUCUCCUGUGUGAUUAACCAAUAAUAUCCAUUGGAUGGAAUGCCCUGCCAGAUCAGUAUUUUAGGCUCUAAUACAAACAACCCCAUGUCAUAAUGAAGGCUUGGCCAGCUGCAUGAGUUAGUGAGGCAGCAAUUUUUGUGUGGUCAAAAACCUAGGCAUGCCAGGAAAAGAUAAAUAGUUCUAAAUUUUUAUGUUCAUUUCAAAGUUUGGAAAGAGCUUUAAUUAUAGAAACACUUAAAGAAGAAAAAGAAUAUGUUUCUUCCCAAUAAGUUUGAGCUAGUGUUUUUGUUUUGUUUCAACAAACAGCAUGCCGUGGAUCAGGAUCAAUCUUUUCUGUUUCUUUUGAUAAAUUGCUAUAGCUGAAAUAGUGUUCCAAGAGUUAAUAGUGGUACUUGAUUUAUUAACAUCAAUUUUUAAGUUGUGUUGUGCCACUGAAAGCAUGUUUGUAGCUAGAGCAUGUGUGUCAGGGUGUCGGCAGAGCGAUGUAAACAUUAGGCAUGCAUCAUCAUUGAAGGGUUUCUUAAUGCAGAAAAAGACUGGCAGGAUAGCAUGUGGACAAUUUUUGUGUGUGUUAAUUUGGUACCGGUAGAUAUAAACAAGGAACAUUUUUUUUAUAAGGAGUCUUAAAUUUUACUUCAUCUGAAAGACACCAAGUCAGGAUUCUAUCUAUAACAAAUAUUGAUAUAUAACAAGUAUUGAUUCAAGAAUUUAAAAUCAUUUGAAACACACUGUACCAUUCUAUUUUAUCUUAUACAACGAUUUUAGCAUGCUUUGAGUUGAUUGGAAUAUAGGGAUUAAUUUCACUGUGAAUAUGACAUUAAGAAGGAUAUAAUUAUUUCAUUUAUUAUUAAUUUUAAAAAAAACAAUGAUUUCUUGAUUCGCAAAAUAAAAAUGCCAUUUUCUGUGGUUACUUACUUCUCUUAAUCAUUUAAUCAUGAUUGUUAAUCGUUUCACUUACACUAAUUGUCUGUUGAAUCAUAGGAACACCGCACAGAGAUGGAUGCAAGAGCUGGUACAUUCCAAGCUUUUGAACUCCUGGGCCAACAGCUGUUACAGAAUCAGCACUAUGCCAGUGAGGAUGUUCAGCAGAAGUUGGAAGAACUGGCAAAGAGCAGAGAAGAGCUGGAACAGUUAGUAUACUAUUUUUACCUGUAAAAUAUUUAGACAUAAAAAAAAAGCUAUUCAAUUUUAAAGUAAAAAUAAUUUUCUCUCCCUCCUUUUUUUGACCCUUCAUAAAAGUCAAGAAUAUGUAUUAUUUCCGCAGAGCCUGGAUUGCCCGUCGCAUGAAGCUGGACCAGUGUCUAGAGCUGCAGCUCUUCUAUCGUGACUGUGAGCAGGCAGAAUCUUGGAUGGCAUCCCGUGAAGCUUUCCUUGCUGGAGACUCAGUGGAUGGGGACAACGUGGAGACCCUAAUCAAGAAACAUGAGGACUUUGACAGAGCUAUUAACUCUCAGGCUAGUAGUGUCUUACGUCAGAAUAAUGAAGUGUCUGAGAGAAACUGAUGAAUAGGUUAAGCCCAGCAAAAUAGAAUUGCUAAGUAUCUACAUUUUUUAUUUAUGAACAAUGAGCAUUUUGAUAAAGCAAUUUGGUAAUUAGAUUUAAGCAUGCUAUGCUUAUUAGAAUCUAUGAAUUGUGAUAAUAAUGUACUUUAUCUAUUGUUGCAACAGGAAGAGAAAAUCAAGUCCCUUCAAAACUUUGCUGACCAACUAAUCUCCUCCGACCAUUAUGAUGGUCGAGCUGUUUCAGAUAAAAGAGACCAGGUCCUGGAUAGGUAUAACAAUUGAUUUAUUUCUCAAUAAAAUCCAGACCUAAAGCGACUAGCCUAUUUUUAUAUUUUAAUUGAUAUAUUUUUAAAAUAUGCUUAUGUAAAAUUAAUAUUUUGAAGCUUUGUUUCCAUGUUAGUUUCAUCUGUAAAAAUAUUUGUAAGUAAUUUAUAUUAUUUGCAGUCAAUAUUAAAAAAUACUGUAACAGUGCAUUUCAAUUGUAAAAUAGUCAUUUAUUGAUAUUUUAUGUCCAUAAAAAAUAUCAGGUGGUCCAAGUUGAAGGAUGCCCUCAUAGAUAACAGAUCUAAACUAGGGGAAGCCCAAACAUUGCAGCAGUUUUCAAGGGAUGCCGAUGAGAUGGAGAACUGGCUUCAAGAGAAACUGCAGAUUGCCCUGGAUGAGUCCUACAAGGACCCAACCAACAUUCAGAGCAAACAUCAGAAACACCAAGCCUUCGAGGCUGAACUGGCAGCUAAUGCUGAUAGACUCCAGUUCCUGUUGACCACUGGUCAAAGUAUGUAGGACACAUUCCUUUUCUUAUUUAAACAUCAAGUUUGUAUACUUUUCACUCAGCCGUACACUUAUGUGUUUGUUUUAAUCUCUCAAAUCAUCUAUGUACACUAAUCUCCCCAGAUCUGAUUGACCAGAGACAAUGUGCUGGUUCAGAGGAUGCAGUACAGAAUCGUCUUGAGAGCUUGCUAAGUCAGUGGGAGGACCUUGUCGCCAAGUCAGCUGAGAAGAGUGAGAAGCUGAAAGAGGCUAGCAGACAGCAGACAUAUAAUGCUGGAGUCAAAGAUAUUGACUUUUGGUUGGGCGAGGUAAGGCGCACAUGCUAUUUGACUAGUUUUGGAUACGAAUUAUAUUUGGUGUCAGGAUAAACCAGAUGCUAAUGUUGGUUUCAGAAUGUUUAUAAAAUAUGAAAUUUUUAAAUUUUAGUUUUGCCCGAUUCUAAUAUUGCAUCUACUUACAACAGGUGGAGCAAAUGUUGGCAUCUGAAGACUGUGGUAAAGACCUGGCUUCAGUCCAAAACCUUCUCAAGAAACACCAGCUUAUGGAGGCUGACAUUGCUGCCCAUGAGGUAUGUCAACAAUACUAACAUAUUCAAGUCAAAGCCCUUGUUUGGGACUGUACAUUAUUUUUUUUACAUAUUCAUAAAGUUUGUUUAAUCUCCUCAGAAGACCAUACUCAACUGCAAUUGUAAAUAUUGUUUUGUUUUAGGACCGAAUCAAGGAACUUAAUAACCAAGCUGAACAGUUUGUGGAGGCAGGAGUGUGGGACUCUGAGAGUAUUGUCUCCAGAAAACAAACCAUCAAUGAACGAUAUGAGAAGUAAGUCAACUUGAAGAUUUACCCAAUAACAAGCACAAAAUAUUUAUCUGUUAUGAUUUUUAAUUGAAUAUUAGCCUAUAUUACCCUAAAACAGGCGGUUUAAUUCUAUUUUUUAUUUAGUGUCCAUUCAAACUUACUUUUCUGUAUGGUUAUAUCAGGAUUAAAGAGUUUGCUGUUCAUCGCCGAAAUCGCCUGAAUGAGGCCAACACAAUGCACCAAUUCCUCCGUGACAUUGAUGAUGAAGAAGCUUGGAUUAAGUAAGUGAUGUUUUAUUUUGUAAAGCCUUCGAUGUCUCUUUCCUCCCCCCCCCCCCUUAGAUAUUAAAGUUAUUAAUAUAUUUUGGUGAAAAAUAUUUAAUUCCAUGGUGCAUGAUUUUGACAAAAAUGUAUACAUUAGCUAUUGCUGUUUUUAGAGAAAAGAAAUUGCUGGUUGGGUCAGAGGACUAUGGCCGUGAUCUGACAGGCGUACAGAAUCUGAGAAAGAAACACAAGAGGCUAGAAGCUGAGCUUGAGAAUCAUGAACCAGCUAUACAAGUGAGAUGUUACAAGUUUUUGUUCAAGUUGAUGGGGGGAAAGUUAAAAAUGAAUAUUUUACAGAUUGCCAUAGUUUUUCUACACAUUACUUUGGAUUUUUUUGUAUUCCUUAAGUUUUGCUUAAGCUUGGUGCUAAUAAAAUCCUAAAGUUGCCAUCUUUUUAUGUUUUUCUUCUGCAGGCUGUCCAAGAGACAGGAGAAAAGCUGAUGAAUGAGUCGGACAUCGGUGCCACAGACAUCAAGAAGAGACUUGAACAGUUGGCCUCCAGCUGGACUGAUCUGAAGGAGCUGGCUGCAAACAGGUAAUGGUUUUACAUAUGCUUGACCGCUGUAGAUUUCCUACGUACUAAAAAGUUAUCUUUAAGAAAAUGAUCCAAGUUAAUGCUGGUUAGCUAAUGUUAAGUCAUCAGUAAUAAUGCAGAAUAAUAAGUAUGAGAAUAGAUGAAGUGGCAGCUAUGGGGAAUAAAGUUGUUGACAUAUCAAUGGUUUCAUUUACAGAGGUCACAAGCUUGAGCAGAGCUAUGCCUUCCAACAGCUGAGUGCUAAUGUAGAGGAGGAGGAGUCUUGGAUCACAGAGAAACAGCAUCUGCUGUCUACUGGAGAUCUGGGAGAUACCAUGGCAGCUGUACAGGUUAGAUUCAAAUACCUUCAGGAAUUUUAAAAUUUUAACAUUACUAAAUGUUUUACAAAUUAUUUUUUAAUUAAAGCUUAAAGUUAGAAUCAAAUUAGCGACACAGUGAUCUAUAUAAAAGCAUACAGUAUUUUAGCUUUGUUGUUUUAAUGGCAGUCAUGUUAUUGAUAUCUAUUUUCUUCUAAAGGGCCUGCUUAAAAAGCAUGAAGCAUUCGAGUCAGAUUUCCAAGUUCACAAAGAAAGGUGCUCAGAGAUCAAGAGAGAAGGACAAACUCUGAUUAAUGAGGUAAGAAAAGUUCUUGACGGUAUCAGAUAUUUUUUAAUAGUCUUUCUUGCUUUAUAUGUCUCUGCAAUCUAGCAACAUUUCCUUCAUUACUUACUGUUUACAAUUGAUUUUGGAAUAUUAUCACAAAGUAGGGUGAAGCAUUAAAAAGAAACAGCUAAUUUAUUUUUAAAAACACUAAAAAGGUACUUAGCUUGAAAAUGAAGAAGGAAAAAUGUUUCUUGAUAAUAUUACAUGAAGACGGCACAGUAAUAACAAAACCUAUACUGUUUUCUUACCGUAUGGGUGGAUUGUUUAGGACAUGUAUGCAAAUUAGUGGUAAUUAUGAUUGAUUGAUUUUCUUUAUUUGACAAUCCUUAGGGCAACCACAAUGCUGACAGCAUUAGCCAACGUAUUGCUGGGCUGCAAGAGAAACUUAGAGAUUUGGAUUAUGGAGCAGCUAAGAGAAAAGCAGCACUUAAUGACAAUUCAGCCUUCCUGCAAUUUAUGUGGAAGACAGAUGUUGUUGACAGCUGGAUUGGUAAGUCAUAGUUAUUUUUGGCUCAACUAAUGUACCAUGUGUAUGGUUAUGUUUUGGUUUUUUUAACAAAUGGAAACAAAUGACGACCGAUUCACGACUGAGACGAAGAAAGCGGGGCAGAAUGUGAGGCAUUCGUGUGAAAAGUAAAAACAGGGGCUCUCUUCCACCUGUUGUUUUGGGAAACGUUAGAUCACUUUGUAACAAGAUGGAUGAACUGGAUUGCUGCUUUAAGCAUUUCUAUCAAUUUUGUGAAAGCUCUUUAAUAUGCCUGGCAGAAACAUGGCUUAACGAAAAGGUACCAGAUUCAGCAGUGUCACUGGACAAAUUUAACCUUUUCCAUGCCGAUAGAACAACCAACAGCGGCAAAUCCAAGGGAGGGGUAUUGGCAAUAUAUGUUAACAAAAAUUACUGUAGCAUCAACAACAGUACAUUGAAACAUGUAGCUUGUACACCCGCCAUAGAACUACUUUGCAUCACUUAAAAGCCAUUGUACCUACCUAGGAAGUUCACCCAAAUCUGUUUCAUCCUCACUUACCUUCCACCUAAUGCUAACACAGACCUGUUUACUCUUACGAUUAUGGCGCACAAUGUACGAUUUUGAGGUGUAUACACUAUAUAUACUUAUGUUUAUUUUUUACUAUUAAGAUAAUGUAUUGAAUGAUUUUGUGAUGAUAUUGUAAGAUUUUAAGAGUUUGGGGGUAAACAGGUCUGCUAACAAGCUGCAGGCUAGUGAGAGACUUUUGGAUGUAAUCCAUGAAAACCAAGACUCCAAAAGUCUGGCUUUCAGCGUGCUCCCCCUGAAAUCACAAAUCUUAAUGAGAACUAACAAGUCCCUGCUAUGGCUACGAGAAUUCACUAGUGAAAUAAUUUAUAGUGGAUGUCUCAUGUUCAAAUUGUUUUUAUUUAUGUGCUGAAAAUGUACAAUGCAAUCAAAAAACAUUUCCAUUUGUUUGGAUCAAUAAAAGAAUCUUAUCUUAAAAAACGUGGAAGUAUGUCAAAUAAACAGAUGUUGCUUGGAUUGGAAGCCUUUAAUUUUCUCUAUUAGAUUUAACAUUGCAUAAGCUUGAUGAUUUAAAAGUUAAAGCUGUAUGAAGUUAUCCUUUCUCAUUAAAUUUUACUUUCUUACCUAGCUGAUAAGGAAACCCAAGUGAGGUCAGAAGAUUAUGGAAGAGACUUGUCGUCAGUCCAGACUUUCCUUACUAAACAGGUAACCCUAAUCUAAUGAUCCAGACUUUCCUUACUAAACAGGUAACCCUGAUCUAAUGAAAGAGUGACUGUGUAGGUUUUUGUAAAAAUUAGACUUAUUAGUGAUUAUUCAUGUUUAAGGAUGUGUCAAAGACAUAUCGUAAAGGUUGGCUUUAAUGGCGACCGCUUCACUUUUCUAAAAAAUAACAUAUAUUUUGACAAUGUAAUAUUGAUUUAAAUGAAAUGUCAUCUGCUCACCAGGAGACCUUUUCUGCCGGCCUGGCAGCCUUUGAGAAGGAAGGCAUCCAAACCAUAACAAGCCUCAAAGACCAGCUGGUGGCCAGCAAACAUGAACAGACGCCGGCCAUUGAGGCCCGCUACAAUGCGGUCAUGUCUCGCUGGCAGAAGCUGCUGGCCGAUGCCGAGGAUAGGAAACAGAAGCUGCUUCAUCUUCAAGACAAGUACAGACAGAUCGAAGAUCUCUACCUGACCUUUGCUAAGAAGGCUUCAGCUUUUAACAGCUGGUUUGAAAAUGCUGAGGAGGAUUUGACUGAUCCAGUCAGAUGUAACAGUGUGGAGGAGAUUAAGGUAACCUUCAAUUUCUAUCAGAAACCAGCCAAAACAUUAUAGAAAUGGGCAUUUAUGCUAGUUGCUUUUGGAGCAUAUUUUACUUGUCCCAUCUCUCUAUGGGGAUGCUUUAACACUUUAUAUCAACACUGUAUAGAAUAUAAAAAAAAACAUCUGUUCACAUGACGACACCCACCCAUUCCCCCCCCCCCCCGCUACAGUGAACUCAAUAACUUUAUCAAGAUGGGUGAUAUUUAUUUCUCUUCAUUAAUUUAAGAAUCUGUAUUACUACAGCUAGCAUAAUUAAAUAAGAAAUUAUGUCUAAAAAAAAACAUCUGUUCCCCUGACCACACCCCCCCCUUCCCCCCCCCCCCCGCUACAGUGAACUCAAUAACUUUAUCAAGAUGGGUGAUAUUUAUUUCUCUUCAUUAAUUUAAGAAUCUGUAUUACUACAGCUAGCAUAAUUAAAUAAGAAAUUAUGUCUAAUUACAUAUCAUUUGGUAUUAAAUCCAGUCCAAUGUUACUGAUCUGUUUUCAUCUAAAAGUUACAAUCAAUCCAUUAAUGAAUGAUGUAAACAUGCUAGGAUGUGUGGGCAGCGGAACACAGAUUAUUCAUACUUUUUUUUUUGUUGCUGUUGAUUUAUGGAUACCAUUUCAUGAUGUUUGGAUAAAAAGGUUAAAAUCUGUCACCGCCCGGCUUCGUGUUGAUAUGCAGUGUUAAUUAAAGUUUAAAUUUUUUAAAUUUCUUAAUAUUUAUGUCAUUUUAUAGAUUGGAGACUAGUAUCUUUUAUGUAUUGCAAGGUUAUGUUCAUAGAACAGGAAAGUGUUCAGAAACAGACAGUUACACCGAACUACCAAUUUAAAAUCAAUGGUUUUAUUAUCAUUAGGCCCUGCGUGAAGCACAUGAGCAGUUUAAAGCUUCACUGAGUGCUGCUAAAGCUGACUUCAAGGGCCUCGAGUCCCUGGAUGCCCAGAUUAAGAGCUUUAAGGUCGGUCCCAAUCCCUACACAUGGUUCACGAUGGAGGCUCUAGAGGAAACAUGGAAUAACCUGCAGAAGAUUAUCAGGGUGAGUACUUAAGUGUAAACUGAGGCAGGGAUUCAUCAGGUCAGCAUUAUUAGUGGUAUCGUAUCAUUUUAUAUAACUAUUAGAAUCCCAGGAUCAAGGAGUAAAGGUUCCUUUUUGAAGAAAUAAUGAAAAUACUUUUACUUGAGCUGUUAAUAAAAAGGAACAGUUUCAAAAUUUGUAAUCAACUUUGAAAUCCUCAUAUAUGUAUAUCAUAUAUACUACUCAUGUAAGCAAAGGUGUUUUUUUGGCCAAUAUAAAUAUUUAAAAAUUAACUUUUCUUUAGGAGCGUGACAGCGACCUUGAUAAAGAAGAGCAUCGCCAGGAAGAGAAUGACCUGCUGAGGAAACAGUUUGCUCAGGCAGCCAAUGCCUUCCAUUCUUGGCUUACACAGACCAGGUGAGCGUUCACAUUAAGUUUUACCAUCAUUAGCACAAAAUAAAGAUGAGUCUCAUCUCCCUCAAGUGUUAAACCUUUGUACAUUGAGUAUUUUGUUUAAAAUGAAAAAAUAUCUCGAAAUAAAAAGUCAGUAGAUUGCACUUCAUGAUUGGGGUGGGGGCUGUACAUAUUUAAAUUUUACUUUAGACUCAAUUUUAUUGAUAAGUCGAUUUAAAAAAAACGCAUAAAUUCAUUGUUAAUAUUGCGUCAAUAUUUGUUUACAGGAUGUGGCUACUUGAUGGGUCAGAGCAUCCGAUAUUUGUUUGUGUGUGUAUGUGCUUGUGUUGAAACAAAUAAUAUUUUUUAACCAUUUAUCCAUGUCUUUAGUAGUCAACGUCUUUCAUGAAAAAUUGUUUGAGCCUGGUUGUGUGCAUUUCCUAAUGAUAAGUAUGGGACAGGCACCCUGAUGAUGUGAGGUUUUGUUUGAACAUUUUCCUAACACUAAUGUCUAGAUCUUUUUAUCAGUGUUGCUGAAUUUUCUGUGAUUACAUGCCUUACAAAUUUUAGAAGAAAAUAAAGUUAGAAUGUUUACCUUUUCAUUGAGCAUGCAGAUGGAAUUCCAACAUUAUAAAGCAAUGACCUUUUAAAAUUUCACUCUCUGAUGUUUUAUUUCAGCAAAUGUUGUUACCUUGGCUUCAUUUAUUUUAAGUCUUUUAGACUUACUUGGCUUCUAUACUUGGAUCCCUAAUGUGCAUGUUUUGUGGUGUUUUGUCAUUUUGAUUGGUAGUUGAGUCAUUAAAAGCAUUAUCAGCUGGAUGGAUUGCAUAUUUUCUCUGGAAAGCGCCCUUUAACAUCUAUGACCAAGGGGUCAGCAGCUGUUGUCAAGGUCGAAACUGAUGGUCUUUUUUUUUUUUUUUUUUAGCAUAGGAUUUAGCCACCCAUUAACAACUGAAAGUAUCUUUUGAAUGUCUAAUCAAAGUGGAGUGUUAAAAGCAGCUGUUGUCAAGGUCGAAACUGAUGGUCUUUUUUUUUUUUUUUUUUUAGCAUAGGAGUUAGCCACCCAUUAACAACUGAAAGUAUCUUUUGAAUGUCUAAUCAAAGUGGAGUGUUAAAAAACUUGGUGUCUGUGCUGCAUGGCCAUAACAUCAUGAAUUGGUUGAUUACAUAUUAAGAUACCACUGAAGAGAAAAUAAACAUAUUUUUUUACAUUCAUUAUUUGAAUUUAUAAGAGAAUUCUCUUGUAUCGGCACAGCUAUCUUAAUCAAUCUACAUUGAAGCUGAAGUGCUUGCAAAUUCAGACCGUUCUUGUUAUACUUUGUGACAAAAUGUUGAACAAUUUAUCAAUCCAUCUUGUAUGUUUUCCAUCGUAACAGAGCUGCCAUGAUGGAGGGUUCUGGUACACUGGAAGAGCAACUGGAAGCCACAAAGGUAACAGUUACUUUUUAAGAACCACAGUUACUGAUCAUAUCUUAGAAAUUUAAUACUGUGUUUUGUAUAUAUGUAAACUUUAGAAAUGCAAUAAAAGAGAGAAUCAAGAAGAUGUGAGCUCCUUUUUCAUCCAUUAAUCAAUUCAAUUUUGUAUGUUUUCUGUUCAUCAGAGAAAAGCUGCUGAAGUGAGAUCUCAGAAAGGUCAUCUAAAGAAGAUAGAAGACCUGGGAGCUGCCAUGGAAGAAAGAUUAAUUUUAGACAACAGGUGAGGCAUCAUUUUAUAAAAAGGUAAAUGACAAGAAUGUUUCCUAACUCUUUCGCUGCGGUACAAUGCACAGUGCGUUCAUCCGCCGUUCUAAAAAACACGGACCAACACGCUGUGCGUUAUUUCAAUAUCAUGUUUAUUUCUUUGCUAUUUCUCGGUUAAACUUUUUAAGAGGUUUUUUUAAAUAAGACUUUUACAUAGAAGAGUGGUACUUCAGUGUUUAUAGCGAAACCAAGGUUAAUUUGUUGUCAUUUGAAGCAUUAUUUUAAUGAUUUUCUUCACUAUUUUUGCUACUGUUGUUAUGGCUACCCAAGGCCCUAGAGGGUGGCUAAGUUUCUUUGACCAUUAACAACUCAUAAAGCUUUGGAAUUGUUUUAUACUAACUUUAGAUAGUGAAGAUGAUUUAUAUUUAGAUUCAUUGCAUGAUUCUGGUAAGAGUAGUUUUAGAGGAUUUGAGUUACAGAAGUGAAGAUGAGGUAUGCCAAUAUCAUAGUUUUUUGGGGGGAAAUGGUUUAGCAUAUAAUGUUUUCACAUUUUAUUUUGAACUGAAGAAACAAGUUUACAAACAUAUAGUCCAUUCAACUAUCUUUCAUUUGAUACCAAGUUUAGUCUUAGAUAACAAAAAAUAAUAUUUAAAAAACUUUUAAUAAACCCAACCUCUCACUCUUUUUUGCUUUUUGAAAAAAAAUGUACAUCUUUUCGAUAAAAAAAUCAGCAGUGAAAGAGUAAGGAAUGUUAACGCUGCAGAUUAGUUGCAGCCACAAAUCUCAGUGGUGAAUCCUAGUUGACAAGUCUGACAUGUUGAGAAUACACUGACAUAUCCCAUGUAGGUUUUCACACUGAGCAGAAACUAUGGCUUCUGGUGCUGAACUUUGUUUAUAUUUAUCAAUUUUAAAUUAUAUUAAUUCCAUUAUUUAAAACAACACACUGUUCCCCUAAUCGUUUUUGCUUUUUUUUAAAAUCUGGUUUUGCCCACUCCUAUAAAAUUGAACUUGAAAUUUAUUUCACAAAUUUUAAUCUCUGAUUGACAAAAUAUGCCCACUGGUAGGGCUAUUACUACUAUCGAAUAUGACUAAUAAUUUAAAUUUGUAAACAAGCCCUGUCAGCUAAUGACAAUGCAUGCGCAAAGAUAAAAAUAUGAGUGGAUGUUGCUGUAUAUUGCCAGGCAACAGUAUACUGCAACUCUCAACAAAUUGUCAAACGGAAAGGAAACUCGUUAGCCUGUUUUUGGUACAGCAAGCAUCUCGUGGUCACAGAAAUCUAAGCAACAAUUGGAAGCCUACUUAAUUUCAAUAUUACCUGCUGGUGGGGGAAUUCAUUGUCUGAUAUUAAACACAGAAUAAACAGAAUAAGGUAGAAAGAUGUUGUUGUAAAAUUAAACAAAUUUUGUAUGAUACAUCCCACCCUCUACAUCACAGAUACUUAAGACCAAUCCGUUGGGGAUGAAUUCUUUCUCUCAGGGCGAGGACUGAAAGAUAUAAGAAUUAUUUUGUUCCCCAAUCUGUGCAAAUUUACUAGCGUGCUCUCCCUGAAGUCAUAAAUCUUAAUGAGAACUAAUUGUUAUGGCUAAGAGAAUCCAGGCUCUCCAUGAUGUACAAGAUAAAUAAUGGGCUGGUCCACUGUUCCAGUAUUAAACAGAAACUCGUCCCUCUCCCCCAUAGACAGCGACGAGGCCAUAACAGUCAAUUCAGGCUCAUACCAGCAAGAAGCCAGUGUAGGAGCUGCUCAUUCCUGCCCAAGACAAUCGGGGACUGGAACAAUCUUUCAAAAGGAACGGUUGAGGCGACAACACUAGACACAUUUGUGUCUAUUGUGUCUAUUGCCUCAAGCCUUCAAACUCCAAGUGCAUGAUUCCCUCACAAAGUGGCACUGGAAAUCAGUGAUAUUUCCUCAUCAACACCAGGAACAGAAACAUUGCAAAUCCCAUCUACAUGCAUAGGAGCCAAAAUUAUCAAUAAAUUGAUCGUGGGCCCUUAAGAUAUAGAAGAAGAAGAAUUCACUGAAGGACUUGUGAAAUAAUUUAAUGUAGAUGUCUUGUGAUCAACUUGUUUUAUUUAUGUGCUAAAAAUGUGCAAUGCAAUCAAAAAACAUUUCCAUUUGUUGGGAUCAAUAAAAGAAUCUUAUCUCUAUAACCAAUUUGCAGUGUGAGCGUACUUAUAUGACACUAAUACCAUGUAUGAGGCAACUUGUGUUUGACUAUUUACUCCUAAUUUUUUUUAGGUAUACAGAACACAGUACAGUGGGCCUGGCCCAACAAUGGGACCAACUCGACCAAUUGUGUAUGAGGAUGCAGCACAAUCUGGAGCAGCAGAUAGAGGCCAGGAACAGAAGUGGUGUGUCUGAGGAUGCUCUUAGAGAGUUCUCAAUGAUGUUCAAGUAAGUUCUCUCUUUUUUUAAAGCUUAAGGUAAAUCAAACAAGACUUGAAAUAAAUAAACCCCUACAACUGAUAAACACAAUUUUGACUAGUGCCCAAUUUUCAUGUCUGUUAAUGGAGAUCUAUUAUUUCCAGGCACUUUGAUAAGGACAAGAGUGGUAAACUGGACCACCAAGAAUUCAAGUCCUGCCUAAGAGCUCUGGGUUAUGACCUACCAAUGGUAGAAGAGGGUCAGACAGACCCAGAAUUCCAGGCCAUACUAGAUAUAGUUGAUCCCAACAGGUAUGUGCAAACAAAUAGCAGAUAGUAAAGGUUUAGUUUGUCGGUGUGCAAGGCACACAUCAUGAAUGCGUUUUUAAAGCAGCACUGCUGAUAUUCUAACUUACAGGUACAAGAUAUUUAUUAGAUGAUAUUAUAAAUAAUAAUUUCUUGGAACUUGAUGAUAUAAUUUGUAUGCUAGCCAGUCUGUGUCCAUGUGAUAUUACAAUAUGACUGUCUAUUACAGGGAUGGAUUUGUGUCACUCCAAGAAUAUAUGGCAUUUAUGAUUAGUCGGGAAACAGAGAACGUGCAGUCGAGCUCGGAGGUGGAGCAGGCAUUCCGAGCUCUUACAUCAGGGGAAAAGCCAUAUAUCACUGCUCAGGAGUUGUAUGCAGUAAGUUUGUUUUUUCGGAAAAGAUUUUUUGUGGAAGAAGAGGGGUGGGGGGGAUUGUUUGAGCCAUUGAAUGUCAUCUCUUAAAAUUUCUACUAUGCCCAUUUAUAUCAAAACUUGUAUCAAUUUUCUCAAUAAUUAUAUAUUAGGAAAUAGUAACUCACAAAUUCUAAGUAAGUUCUUAUCAUUUAUAAUUUGUUGCUUUUUUACUUUAUUAUGAUGAGGGAAUUUACCACACUAUGCUGUCGGUGAAAUAUUAGACUUCAUACAAACUUACCGUGACACUUUUUAUUCCCUAGAAUCUCACCAAGGAACAGGCAGACUAUUGCAUCACUCGAAUGAAGCCAUAUGUGGACAAAACAGGUCGGGCUGUGCCAGACUCGUACGAUUACGUUGACUUUACUCACCAGCUUUUUGUCAACUGAGAACAGUGGCUGCAAUACUAAACAAUUAAAAUAGACUUAGUUUUUUUUUUAAAAGCAAAAUGUGUUGUUUUUUUAUUUAUACAAAUUGUCAGUGGCUGGUCAGUUGUGACAACGUUUUGUAAUUUCCUUAAUAAGCAAAAGUUCCUUUUUUAAUUUUCUAUUCUACAAUCUAUUUUUACAAACUCCAUUUUAAUAUUUAAAUGGUCAUUGAAUUCACAUCGGCACAUGUUGCUCUUUUAGACUGAUUUAAAAUAAAAGCUUUGCUGCAAUUUAAUGUUAUCAGUGUAUCACUGUGUAAAACUAUUUAAUGGCACUGUUUAGGGAGCAACUUCACAGUUCACGUUAUUUGAAAUAGUCGCUUUACUGGUAAAUUAUUUAAUCAAGUACCUUCAAGACUUUUCUUGUUCAGUGUUCUUUAUUCUAGAACUUCUUUCUUGGAAGUAAGAUGCAUGUAAUAAUAUUUUAUAUAUUUUUUUUCACUAGUUCACUUUUGAGUAUCCCUUUCCUGUCGUAAGUUCAACAGACUUCAUCUCUUGAUCAGUUUUCGAUUCGAGGUUUCUGACUUUCUGUGGCAUCAAUCUGGUUAAUAUUGUGUUAGCCACCUACAUGGUCAAGAGAAAGCAGUUAUGAACUGAUCCAAUUAAAUUAUUGUUGGAAAAAGAAACAAAAACAGCUGUCAGUCAAUUUUUUUCAAAUUUAGAGUUUUUAAUGCAAGUCACCACUAAUAUUGACCACCAACCCUGGGUUUAGGAAGUUGUAUUUCCUCUUUGGUUGUGAUGUUUCAUUUUAUGUAACCACAGUUUUUGUCAUAGAACAUUUCAUGUAUUUUUCAUCCUGCUUAUAAGGAUAUAUAAUUGUACAACAUGCUCUCCUCUUACUUAGGGAUGUAAGUGUGAGCGACUGAAACCCUCACUACUUAAAGUGCUUGUGUAGCCAAAAUUGUCUUAAGUAGCAUAUGCAUUUUAAAACUAUUAACCUCUUGUCACCCUCAGUUGCUUUAAAACAAAAAGUUCAAAAUUAAUUUUUAUAAUUUGUUUAACUUUUUUGAUAAUUUUUUUCCGGGAGCCAAACUAAGUACUAAGCCCUGUUACAGUGAUCUUCGUAGCUACUUAUAUCAUAAUCCUUAACUUUCUCGAUGAAUUUAGCUAUUGGCUUGUGAUGUACAUAAAUAUUUAUCCCUAGCUUGGUCUAAUAAAUGUUCAUUUAUUUAGAAAAUC